AGGGCUCCGCCAUUUUGACUUCCUGCUUCAAAGGAAGAAGUUCACGGCCUAUAGUUUUGUACUAGAAACGCUUUAUUGUUUAGUUUAACAUAGCUUUUUUUCUUGUUAAAUUUUACUACAGGGACCAAACUAACCACUUCUGUUAGUUUCUAGCAGCGUGUAUCGGUUGAUUUCAGCCAGAGAGCCGCAAUGCCGAGCCACCCGCUGCGUGUAGCGGUUGUGUGCUCGAGCAACCAGAACCGCAGUAUGGAAGCUCACAAUAUCCUCAGCAAACGUGGAUUUGAUGUGCGUUCAUUUGGGACAGGGUCUCAUGUGAAGCUACCCGGUCCUGCCCCGGAUAAGCCAAAUGUUUAUGACUUCAAAACGACAUAUGAACAGAUGUACAACGACUUGGUCCGCAAGGACAAGGAACUAUAUACACAGAAUGGCAUCCUGCACAUGCUGGACCGCAACAAGCGCAUCAAAUCAAAGCCAGAGCGCUUUCAGAGCUGCAAGGAGAAGUUUGACCUGGUCAUCACGUGCGAUUUGGCUAUUUAUGACAGUAUUUGUGACUGUAUGGUACUGUUUAUCUUCCCAGAUCUGAACUCAAGAGAGCAGGAGACUCUGCAACCUGUGCACGUCAUCAAUGUAGACAUUCAGGAUAAUCAUGAGGAAGCCACGCUGGGUGCCUUCCUCAUCUGUGAGCUGUGUCAGUGUAUCCAGCACACUGAUGACAUGGAGAAUGAAAUCGAUGAGCUACUACAAGAGUUCGAGGACAAGAGCAACAGGCCUUUCCUUCAUACUGUCUGCUUCUACUGAUGCACAAUAGAAUUUUCCAAUAAACAGACCCAGAUGACAAGCAAUCAAACAGUACAUGGAUACAGACACUUCAUUCUCAGUCAUCGGCAGCAGGGUACAUAACGCAUUGUGUGCCUGCACAGUCUGACACACACAACCACGCACACAUACGGCUUUGGGCCGGGACCUAAAUAUGUCUGCUGUCGAACAUGCAGAGGACAGACUCGCUGCUCUCACUCUGCCUUUAUUCCUUUGGGUCAAGGUCAGGCCAAGGUCUCUGCCUCCAACCCAGUCCAGUGAAAUCACUCAACCAUGUCUCCUCAGGGAGAACCAUAACACAAACACCCCCUGGUCAAACACCUGCUUUACAAGUUCUUCUAAUUUUUGUUCGGUACAGCAUAGUGAUGCUGAUUUAGUUUUUUUUUUUCUUUUCUUUUUCUAAAUGAUAUAUAAUUAGAAUUCUUUCAAGUAUAUAUGUGAGAUUUUGAUUCCUGGUCUAGGACUGAGUAUCCUGGGGUCAGGUAUGGAAGAGAAUUGAACUGAAUGUGUUUUGUUGCUACCAUGUGUUGUAGAUUAGUUAGGAUUAAGUUAAAUUGGGUGGGUUUAUUAUGAGUAACCAAGCCCAAACCUCUGAUGCUCUCCUCCAGUGUGUUUCCAGUAUAUAGUGUUGGGUCAUAUUUAAAUUUGCUAUGCUGUCUUUCAGGGCAUUUUUUUUUUCCUAGACGUUAAAAGAAUUGAGGCAUUGUAAUUAUUUGAAAACUGCGAGCUUGGCUCAGAGUGCCUGAUUUUUCUGUAUGUACAUAUGAAUCCACUAAAAAGAAAUAUCUCAAA